UUGUGUUGCUGGCCGGUGGUCUGACUGCCGGGCUGGUGGUUUGGUGUCUUGAGCUGCUCAACAGUCUCGCCAAGAAAUCCUCAUAGAAAAAGUUGUGACCAACGCCAUGUCCUGCACAUUUCACGACCAGUGUCAAAAGAAUUACUCCAAACUUCUUUUAAUACAACAAAUGUAAAGUAUGCAUUCAAAAAACAUGUCACACACACACACACACACACACACACACACACACACACACACACACACACACACACACACACUACAGCUGUUAUUCAUUGAUAACUUGCCACGCCAUCCCCAGACGCAGCAUGAAUAAAAAGGUAGCACACGAUUUCGCAUCCAGCAGUCUAGCGCGCCACCUCUCUCAGUGCACUCCCACUUCAGCAUCAAGACCACGCGCACGAUGGUGGCCGUCGCCUUGCUAACGUGGCUAUUCUUCCUCAAUACACAGUCCCUGCGGUCCGCUGCACUGCUGCGUCAGUCCUCAGAAAGCACAGCACCAGAAGCACUAGCAGCAGUGCAAGGCGUCUGGGCGUCACAGCGUCAGUACCAGUGUCCGGCGUUGCUCUUGUCGGAUAACCCUAGCCAGGUUGCUCUAACAUUCGUGAAGGUACGUCACUCGUCGAGGCGAGUAAAACCUUUUCCUUAUUCGAGAACUGAAAGAUUGCAUUGGCAACAUUUCAUUGGAUGAUCAUUAUUACUCUCCAGGCGGCUUUUUCAGGAGGCUGAAGAGAAGCUUUCGCCACGCGGCAUCGCCGUCUUCCUGGCGGCUCCUCAACACACGCAGGGUAAUGGAACGCUGGUGUACCUCAAGGGGACGAUCGACAAGGUUCGCCAGGUGAGUCAUUCUCACGUAAAAACUGUAUGUAUUAUUGUAUUCAAUUACUUGUUGCUAACAGAAGAAUUCCGUAGAAACAGAUGAAUUCUCUUUUCAAGAAACAAUCACAUCCGUACAACGUUGCUCACAGAUGGGAGGGGCGUGGCACUGCCUGUUGGUGGUGGUGGUGAGUGAUGACCCAGCCUUCCUCUCCGACUUCGCUCAACGGUCACUCAGGCGUCACGCCCUCAGGUGGUCCACGAGGAUCCUUGUCCUCACUCGCCUCCCUCUCACCCAUCUUGGCGACCUGCACGGCCUUCUCUCCAACAGGAACGCCAUGCUGCUCCUCGCGCACCGAGGCCAGAAAACAAGGGAUGUUGGCGUGUACGUUGCGAUGCCGUUCAGCCCCAUCACGAAGCUCCCCAACAGAGUUGCCAGCUGGUCUCCCAGCAAGACUUGGACACAAACUCUACAAUCACAGUUUUUUCCGGACAAGUUUAUUGUAUUCGCUUCAGCACCAACGCUGACGGUGGCGGUGGAGCUCAUGCCUCACCACUCCCUCACAUGGGUGGACGACCCGCUCGCCAAGGAGGGACGCCGUCUCGUCUACACCGGUGCACUGGAUAAAAGCGUUACGUAUCUUGCAAAAGCAAUGAACUUUACGCACAGGUACGUGUUGUCCUCAGACAGGACGUUCGGCACUAUAAUGCCUGACGGCUCCUGGACCGGCAUGAUGGGCAUGGUGGUGCGGGAGGAGGUAGAUUUUGGAGGUGUGCCCUUCAUGUUGUCGCCAGCACGGGCAGCAGCAGGAGACUACACUGCGAUGAUGUGGACUGGAAACGUGAUGAUACUUGGGGGGCUAGGAGGGCUUAAGAUUGACCCGUGGGGCUUCCUGCUGCCCUUCACGCUCAUAGUGUGGGCAGCCGCCCUGACGGCACUGCUGAGUGUGCUGGCCUUGCUGGAAAUAUUUUCCUUCAGUCUCUCCAGCAAGACGCUGCAUCGCGGCGCCUUCAGCCCUGUCCGCGUCCUCCUGCAGCAAGACGUGGUGUGGCCCGCGGAGUGGUGGUGGUGGGAGCGUCUGGUGCUGGGUUUGUGGAUGCUGACGACGCUGGUGCUGACGAGGAGCUACGCCGGCAACCUCAUGUCCCUGCUGGCCGUGAGAUACGUGCCGCAGCCCUUCCAGACUCUGAGGGACGUCCUGGACCACCCGAGCGUUGCCAUGAUAUGGCAGAAGUAUUCCAAGAAUGAAGAAUUUCUAAGAGGUGUCCAGUCAGGUAUGUUUCGAGAAGUGGCGGACCUGGAGAAGAAGGGGCGCCUAAAGUUCAACACACAGACACAGUUCUCUAAUAGCCUUGACACCCUGGUGAGGGCCGGAGACCACGUUCUCGUCGAAAUUGAUACCACUGUUAAAAACUUAAUGGCCUUAGACGUUUCCAAAAAAGGUCGCUGUGACUUCUAUCUGUCCAGAGAUGGAUUUCUGCCGUUUUCUUCUUCUAUAAUAAGUCAGAAAACGAAUCCCAUCAUUCAAGGUCUCAGUCCAAGGGUGAUGGCGCUGACGGAAUCUGGACUCUUCAGGUACUGGAUGCAGGACGUCCCCAAUUUCACUCGAUGCAACAAUGUGCCCAAAAAAGUGGCGUUCUCUACCACUCUCUCGUUCACUAACCUUUGGGGAGUGUUUGCAUUGCUGGCGGGGGGUCUGACUGCUGCCCUGGUGGUCUGGUGCCUUGAACUUCUGAACCUACCGGCCAAGAAGUCAUCAUGGAAAACGGUGUGACCAACAGUGUUCAUCCUGCUUUA